GCGGCCGGGCCGGGCCGCGAUGGCGACCAGGAAGGCGGGCUCGCGGCUGGAGACGGAGAUCGAGCGCUGCCGCUCCGAGUGCCAGUGGGAGCGGAUCCCCGAGCUCGUCAAGCAGCUGUCGGCCAAGCUCAUCGCCAACGAUGACAUGGCGGAGCUCCUGCUCGGGGAGUCGAAGCUGGAGCAGUCGCUGAAGGAGCAGCCCCUGCGGCCGGGCGCCAGCCCCCGAGGCCCCCGGCCCCAGCUGACCGAGGUCCGCAAGCACCUGACCGCCGCCCUGGACCGCGGGAACCUCAAGUCAGAGUUCCUACAAGAAUCCAAUCUGAUCAUGGCCAAGUUGAAUUAUGUGGAAGGAGAUUAUAAGGAGGCUCUCAACAUCUAUGCCCGGGUGGGCCUCGAUGACCUGCCGCUGACAGCCGUCCCUCCUUACAGGCUGCGCAUGAUUGCGGAAGCCUACGCCACCAAAGGACUUUGUUUAGAGAAGUUGCCUGUUUCCUCUUCUACCAGUAACCUCCACGUGGACCGGGAACAGGAUGUCAUCACCUGUUAUGAGAAAGCAGGGGACAUUGCUCUCCUCUACCUCCAAGAGAUAGAAAGGGUAAUACUUACCAAUAUUCAAAACAGAAGCCCUAAGCCUGGCCCUGCUCCCCACGAUCAAGAACUAGGUUUUUUCCUAGAAACAGGACUUCAGAGAGCUCAUGUCCUCUAUUUCAAAAAUGGGAACUUGACAAGAGGCGUCGGGAGAUUUAGAGAGAUCCUCAGAGCAGUAGAAACGAGAACAACUCAAAACCUGCGAAUGACAAUAGCCAGGCAAUUGGCGGAGAUCUUGUUGCGGGGUAUGUGUGAACAGAGCUACUGGAACCCUCUGGAGGAUCCACCCUGCCAGUCACCUCUGGAUGAUCCUCUCCGGAAAGGAGCAAACACAAAAACCUACACCCUCACUCGGAAAGCUCGAAUCUACUCAGGAGAGAACAUUUUUUGUCCUCAAGAAAAUACUGAAGAAGCCCUGUUGUUACUGCUGAUUAGUGAAUCAAUGGCCAACCGGGACGCUGUGCUGAGCAGAAUACCUGAGCACAAGAGUGACCGCCUCAUCAGUUUGCAGAGUGCGUCCGUGGUCUAUGAUUUACUGACCAUUGCCCUUGGAAGAAGAGGCCAGUAUGAGAUGCUGUCGGAGUGCUUGGAAAGAGCCAUGAAGUUUGCCUUUGAGGAGUUCCAGCUCUGGUACCAGUUUGCUCUGUCUCUCAUGGCAGCGGGAAAAUCUGCUCGUGCCGUGAAGGUACUGAAAGAGUGUAUCCGUCUGAAGCCCGACGAUGCCACCAUCCCACUCCUCGCCGCCAAGCUGUGCAUGGGCUCCCUUCACUGGCUGGAAGAGGCCGAGAAGUUUGCCAAAACCGUCGUCGAUGCAGGAGAGAAAACGUCAGAGUUCAAGGCCAAAGGCUACCUAGCUCUGGGGCUCACGUACAGCCUGCAGGCCACCGACGCUUCUUUGCGAGGGAUGCAGGAGGUCCUACAGAGAAAGGCGCUUCUUGCAUUUCAGAGGGCCCACAGCCUGUCACCUACAGAUCACCAAGCAGCUUUCUACCUGGCUCUGCAGCUUGCCAUCUCCAGACAGAUCCCAGAGGCUCUGGGGUACGUCCGCCAAGCUCUUCAACUUCAAGGUGAUGAUGCCAACUCCCUGCAUCUCCUUGCCCUCUUACUGUCUGCACAAAAGCAUUACCACGAUGCUCUGAAUAUCAUUGACAUGGCCCUGAGUGAAUAUCCAGAGAAUUUUAUACUCCUGUUUUCCAAAGUAAAGUUGGAGUCGCUCUGCCGGGGCCCGGAUGAGGCACUCCUCACCUGUAAGCACAUGUUACAAAUAUGGAAAUCCUGCUACAACCUCACCAAUCCCAGUGAUUCUGGACGUGGGAGCAGCCUCUUAGAUAGAACCAUUGCUGACAGACGACAGCUUAACACAAUUACCUUGCCAGACUUCAGCGAUCCUGAGACAGUGUCAGCUUCCUCCUCCUCCUCCUCUUCUCUUUCAAGAACCGAAUCUCCUCUCCACCUGUUUAUGUCUCCUCAUCUUCGUUCUCAUCCCAAACUUGACACCUUUGUGUGGCCCCCUGCUGCUCAUUCAUUCAGAGACCCGGGCCCCCGCCAGGAACCCUCUCUGUGUAAACAUGGCAACUCUCCAGAAGUAUACUUUCAUGGUUUUCCCUCCCUUUUUUCAGUUAGCUCCGUCCACGCCACCUCAGUGGCAGCCUCAAGAGUGGAGCAGGCGCUGUCGGAAGUGGCCUCAUCUCUGCAGAGCAGCGCCCCCAAGCAGGGCCCGCUGCACCCCUGGAUGACACUGGCGCAGAUCUGGCUCCAUGCAGCCGAGGUCUACAUUGGCAUCGGGAAGCCCGCAGAAGCCACGGCCUGUACUCAGGAAGCUGCCAACCUCUUCCCGAUGUCCCACAACGUCCUGUACAUGCGUGGCCAGGUUGCUGAGCUCCGGGGAAACCUCGAUGAAGCCCGGCGGUGGUACGAAGAAGCCUUAUCCAUCAGCCCCACCCACGUGAAGAGCAUGCAGCGACUGGCCCUGAUCCUCCAUCAGCUGGGCCGCUACAGUCUAGCGGAGAAGAUCCUCCGGGAUGCGGUGCAGGUGAACUCGACGGCCCACGAGGUCUGGAACGGCCUGGGCGAGGUCCUCCAGGCGCAGGGCAACGACGCGGCGGCCACCGAGUGCUUCCUGACGGCCCUGGAGCUGGAAGCCAGCAGCCCCGCGGUGCCCUUCACCAUCAUCCCCCGGGUGCUCUGAGCAGGCACCUGCCAGCCUCACUGCCGCUCUGUCCCCCCCCCGCCCCCCGCCUGGGGCGCCCCCCCACCCCCCUGCACCGAGGCCGCGGACAGACGGGCGGACGGACGGACGGACGGACGUGCGAUUGACCGCAGUGAACUAACCCAACAAGCCCCGAUCAUCGCUCGCUCUCCUCGCGCAUUUCUGUCGUCGUUUCUGGCCAGCCCAGUGAUAGUCUUGGAACCUCCUGACAUUCAAAACGGAUUACGUGCCAUAUUUCGUUAGUCGACAUCUGCGUUGUAAAGUCAAAUGAUAAUGGACUUAAUCAGCAAAUGUAGAAGAAUAUAUUCAGAGUUAAAAUUCAGUGGCAGAGCAGAUUAUUUUUAUCAGAGCUGUAAAGAAAUCUCUCCUCCCUGUCACCACGCCUGCCCCACCCGCGGCCCGGAAAACCAAAUGUGAAUUUUCUGUUUCCCACCUCGGUCCUCGUCCAAAGCCAGGACACCAGCUGACAAUUUCUUGGUUCUGUUGUCAAUAAUUGUACCAUGUGAAUUCCUGUCCUCACUUAGAGCAAAGCCUGAGUUCGAGAAUGUUUCUAUUUCACCACUAUAUGCCUGUUACAAGAGAAGGAAAUAGGAGCUAUUUAAGUUUAACUUUUUUAUGUGAAUUCAGAGUUUAUUUAUCGAUGGAAAUAUGUACAAAGAUGCUUCAAAUGGAAUAUUUACCGACAUUCCUUAUACAUGACAGACACUUGGCUAAAUGGGAAGAUGAUGUUAAUAAUAAAAUGAUUUUUAAAUGGA